GUCUAUUAAGGCGUUCUGUGAUAUAGAGGUAUGUUGGCACUAUGGUUGAGUAAUCUGAAGACAGUAAACUUAAACAUACUGAGAGUAUGUUUAAGCGUGUCAAAAGGUACUGUCUUUAGAUUACUCAACCAUAGUGAGACAAGUGAUGGAAGAUGAAUACCCUACAGGUAUGUGGAAGAUAUAUGGUGUCCUUGAUUUCAUUGGAUUUUGAAAACACUACCGUACUAGUGUGGAUACAACCAUGGUUCAUAAACAAUGGCGCAAUCAGAUGGAUUACAUCAUCACUCUUUUGGGAUUUGGUAUGGGGGCGGGAGCAUUCAUCAAGUUCCCUUUCUACUGCAUGCGCAAUGGAGGAGGAGCGUUCCUGAUACUCUUCAUGUUCUUCACAAUAAUUGGAGCCAUCCCCUGUGUGUUUCUGGAAAUGACCAUCGGACAGUUCUCUCAGAGUGGACCUAUUAAAGUAUGGAAUAUCUGUCCUGCUUUCAAAGGUAUAGGUAUUGGAAGUGUUGUUGUUACGUGGCUAUUCACUAGCUACGACAACAUCAGCUUCGCGUGGUACAUGUACUACCUCUACCACUCCUUCUCCCCUAACCUGCCCUGGAACCACUGCGACAACGCAUGGAACACCCCGGCAUGCAUACACAAGAACGCGUCAGUUUUGUGUAAUGAUACAACGUCUAAUACAACCGACACUGGAUUCUCCAUUAACGGAACAGCCCGCGGGAUGACAGCUGCCGAAGAAUUCUGGACAUUCCAGAUGCUUGGACAAAGUGAUGGCCUGGACAAUCUUGGAGGUCUAAGAUGGCAUCUUGUUGGAUGCCUGGGCAUCACCACACUGCUCCUAUUUGUUUGGAUAUUUCAAGGAAUACAAGUAUCAGGGAAGCUCGUCUACAUCACCGUAGGUGUCCCCUACAUCCUCAUCUUCGUCUUCCUUAUCCGGGGCUGUCUACUUCCGGGGUCAGCAGGAGGAAUAUACUACUACGUCUAUCCAAAGUUUGACAAGCUUACAGACCCGAAGGUGUGGAUUCAUUCAUGUCGCUACGCCCUGUUUUCAUUGGGUAUAGCCAUGGGGUGCUUAAUCACUAUGUCUGGACACAACAAAAAGGAGUCCAACUGCUUCAGGGAUGCAAUAUUAAUUUGCCUGAUGGAUUCACUCUCCACUGUUUUCUUCGGCUUUGCUUUCUUCUCCAUUGUUGGUCACGUGGCCUUCCGACGUGGAGUAACUGUUGAAGCGUUUCAAUCAUCUGGGUUUGACCUCAUCUUCAUUGUCUAUCCUGAGGUCAUUUCUACUCUCCCUCUGGCACAGCUAUGGUCUGUGCUGACCUUUUUGACCUUGAUGUUGUUAAAUAUCGAUUCUAUGGUAAUGGUUCCGUGUGUGGAAGUAAUCGUCGCUGCCUUGGAAGAUAUGUUCCCCAAGUUGAUGAAACAACGCUGGCUCACCAUCGGUGCUGUGCUCCUCAGUCUCUUCCUGUUUGGUCUCAUAUAUAUUUCACAGGGUGGGAUAUUCGUGGUGACGCUGUUUGACUGGUACGCCUACUUCCCAUCACUGGCCGUGUUCAGCAUCCUUGAGUGCAUCGCCGUGGGCUGGUGUUAUGGAACAAAGAAGCUUCAGGAGGACGUCCGUACGAUGUGGGGAAAGGCAAUACCUCGAGUCAUGGUCAUAAGUUUCCAGUUUGUGUGUCCUCUAUUUCUUAUUAUGAUCUGCUGCUACUCCUUCUACUCCUACCGACCCCCGAAAUACGGGGACUACAUCUACCCCACCUGGGCAACAGCUGUUGGAUGGCUCAUAUCCUUUUCGUCACUCCUGCCGUUACCGACUGUCUUCAUCUGGACGGUUUACAACACUCAAGGGGCAACAAUGAAAGAGAAAUUGAAGAAAUCUUUACAGCACAAUGAAAACUGGAUUCGAUCACCGCCAGAGGAAGAAAACUCUGAAGUUUUACAACCAAUGGUAGAACUUGCGACGAAUUCCGCCUAACAAGCAAAGCAAAGCAAAGCAAAGCACGUGGUCCCGUGUAAAUGUGACCAUUCAAUGCAUUUGUGGUCAAAGUGUAUUGUGUUGUAUAUUUUUACGGCAGAACAGCAGCAGAAGAACAGUUUCGGUUAAUGUAACAGUAACGAUACAUAAAUACGAAAUUGACGACAAUAUUCUUUCAGUUCAAUCCGAAAAUUACAGAUAUUGUUUUUAGUUUUGUUUUUUGCAUUUAGAUCUAUACCACACAAUAAUCAGAUUAUAUUUAUAAAACUAAAAUUAAUUUUAAAAACUUUCAACUACUGUUUAGGAAGGGGCCUAAUUUGAAGCAUCAGAAGGUGCGUCAAUAUUCCUUAGCUUGACUACAAAGUAUGAAUAUAUCACGUGUAUCAACAUAACAAUGCACACAAGCAACUGAUAAAUACGUAACGAAACAUACUAGAUGUUUUGACCAACACUAGGCGUAUCUAGAUAAUAUUGUACUUACGAUAAACGAAAACUCCAAUACAUACAUAUUCCAAGACAACUUUUAUUAUGGAUUGCCUUUUCUUUCACAGACUUUUCACACACAAAACUGAGUUUGAUCAUUAGAUCCACACUUGUCCCAUGUAUUUUUUGUUCGGCGGAUUCGGAUACACAUUGCGCACAAAUGUUUAAUUACAAUCUGGGAUGUCUUUCCCGUUUUGGCCACACCAAUCCUUCAUCUGCUGCAACGUUUAAUAUCCGUUUCUUCAAUUCCGAGUAUAUACGACCUCUCCAAACACUUCGUUUAUUUAGCUCAUUCCAGAAGUUUUGGCAACACUGUUUUCGUAUCGACGAAUUUCUGCAAUAUGGUGGCCGCACCAUUCCCUAACUGCGGUUACCUGUGCUGUGUCACGCAUGGUUGACAAAAGAAGUGUGAACAUACAUAUUCGGCUUCAUCUGGAGCCACAAUGAAAUAUCGCUGUGACACUGUAUUCAUUAAUCCCAAGAAUCGGCACAGAAUUUGUCAACGUUUCUGUUGCACUUGCAAGGGCGGGAAGAGAGGCGUCAUCUUGUCGAUUCGAGUUGACGGUCGGAAUUAUAUCAUCUUGCACUGGCACUUUCUCCACGAUGAAGUCACCAAUAUCAUAAUCGAAAUGACCAAAGGCUCCCUCAUGAUCAUCUCGAACAAGCGUCACAUGGAAAUGUUUUGUUGCUCAUAUUGAAGACAAGCGAACUUGCAAAGUUCUUGAUAGUUGUCAGCAGCAAUCAACUUGGAUGCGCUUAUGGGGUGUGGUUGCUAGGAGAUCGCGUGGUCAGAAAGGGGAAAAACAUAAACUUUUAGAAAGUAAUAAAAGAAAACCGCACUGCAAUCCAAAAGUACCAUGUACAGGAUGUUUUUUUUAAUAAUAGUAUUCACAAUUUUUCUUUUUUUCUAAAAAUGCAAAUUUAUUUAUAAAUUCAUCCAAAGGUCAUAACCCUGAUCAUGUGGUAGGUAUUUGGAAGGAAUCUUGUGAUGACGCCGUGGAUGAGGCUGUGUGUAUUACCAGGAAGAUUGUCGAGGCAUUGACAUUAUGACAGAUGCUCGUCAUGGAUGGAGAAAAAAUGCAUCUGAGAGAAACAUUGAUGCUUUGAGCUUCGAGACCCAACAUGUGUUCAUGCCGAAGUAGUUUACAAGAGAGGAUGAUCUGUAUAGCCAGCGACCUGAAUAUGCUUGAUGAAAAUAAUGUUGAAAUCCACGUUCACGCACAUGACAGAAUUAAUGUGAAGAAAUAUGUAUCUGAACAUCGUUUCGAAGUAUGUGAGGCCGUAUUUUAUCUCCAUUCGGACGUGAAAUAAUAUAAAAAUUAAUUUCGUGGCUCAAUCUUUCCUGCCGUUGUGGACAAUUGCGCGCCGAUCUCAUAAAAUAAAUACUACUAGAUAUACCAUUGCACAGUCAUAAAAGAACCAGCUCAACUUUAUCUUUGUUUAGGUGUUUUUAAAAAAUUUGUUUCCGAAGCAAAGCGUCUCGAUCUACAUUAUAAAUUAAUUCAUAGACUAGAUUGUAGUUCCAAGUGUUUAAACUUAUUUUAAAAUGUCAUAAAAAAACUUACAGAAUUAUUGAAAAACAUUUCUAAUAAGUAAUAUAUUUUAUUACGUCCGCCCGCUCGAUGGCCUUAUGCAAAUGGCACUUGACAUGCCAAUCAACAGGGAAUCUGGGUCAUAGCAUGUGACCCCCCAAGUUUCACGGAUCGAGUGACUUCGGCAUGGGGAGCUAUCGGACAAGUGUGACUUUGCCAGAACACAUUGCUAUCGGGCAAUGAAAACAUGUGACGGAAACGACAAUAAACUACUUUCAUCACGUGAAAAUAUUUGUGACCAUCACCAGGGAUUUUUACACGAUCGUUGUCAUCCAGAUUCCAGAUGAAAGCAAGACGAACACAACGACAAACGAAAACAUAACACUGUUAAAAUCACCGAUUGCCGUAUAAAUUAUGAAAAAUGCUAUUCAUAAACUAUAAAGGCGUCGUACACCACAGGAUUACGAUUAUGUUUUUUUGUUCAAUUACACUGCUCUUCUUCAUCACAACAAACGUAUUUCGUUCUCGUCCAGAGAAUAGUGAAGAACUGUAAUUUGUGUGUUGGACUGUGUUGGAUAAAAAGCGAUAUUAAAACGUACGUCCUUUUUGUCAAACGGCCCACGUGGGUGGGUGUUUAUAUGGCGUCACCUGUUUACGCCUUAACAAAUGAAAUUUGUGUGUUAUCAUGACGUCAUAUUGACCUGUCAGAUCACUCGUAUAAGCUCCGCCCACAAAAGUGCGGUAGUCACUACCGCAGAUGCCUCUCUAAACUAUAUCAUUAAAUCAAUCACAUUUGAUGUUGUCAAUGAUUUUAAUUGAUCAUUUUAAUGAACGAUAACAUAUUGCACUUAAUUUGUCACAUUGCAUUUUUCAUAUAAUCAAAGAAUAAAUCUGUAACUUGUUUUGUCGAUUGUAUGUUGAUUAUUUUGCAUAACUCUGUGCAUGUGUGCGUGCGUGCGUUCGUGUGUCAUUUAGCCACCAAGGCCAGUAACUUAAUGAGAAGUAGUGGGAUGCAUAUGGGCAACGGGUAUUGGGUGGAUGCCAGCGGGUCCUGUGUUGUACUUUGGCCUACACUACAUACCGGAAUGUCAAAAAUGAAAGUUUCUGAGAAGACAAUUUGUGAAAUGUUGAACAUCCUCAUAGAUACUAGGUUUUAAUACACCACUGUGGUAAUCUUGUUGUUUUACUGUCCCUUUUAUAUAUUUUAAAUGUAUUUAUUAUUAAAAACGUCCCAUUUUAAUUCUGCAAACCCAUUUGUCCAGAAGCUCUCCAUGCUGUGCCCAGUCUCUGUCAAAGGUAUUUACAAAAGUGAACAUGCUGUUCACAUAAAAAGGAAGAAACAAUGUAAAAUAUCUUUCGAAAAAUCUUUAAACUAUGUUAGAGACUAUUUUCCCUUGCUCAAAACUCAUGUAUUUCUUUUGCAAAUACUUAAAAAAUUGUCUACAAGAAUCAUGACAGAUGAUUCAACUCAUUUGAACUUAAUUCAACUAAUUUGUGGCGUUAUUAAAAUAUGACGCCCAUUGGCGAGAAUAUUUUCCUUUGGUCAACGAUAUGACUGAAAUAUUGCCCAUGUGAAUUAAAAUGUAACGCUUUCGAUCAAAACUCUUGUUUUUCUUUUGCAAAUACAUACCUGUUUGUCGACAUGCACCAUGACACAUUCAACUCAUUUUAACUUGAUUCAACUAACUUGUGACAUUAUUAAAAUAUUUCGCCUGUGGGCGAGAAUAUUUUCCUUUUUCUCAAAACUUCGGUGUUUCUUUUGCAAAGACAUAAAGGUGUUUCUACAAGCAUCAUGACACAUAAUUUGACUAAAACAUGGGAACAGUUUAGAAAAAAACAACAGCCUUCUUAUGAUAAUUCCCAUAUUCUCAUUAGUACGUUGUAUAAAAUUACAGUGUCGGCCUUAUUUACAGGUGAGUCUACAAUAACUGCUCUCGUUCAAUUACAACCUGCCACACAACCCGUGAAUAAACAGUUAUGUAGUUGUUGUUGUGGGCAAAUAUCUAGCAUGUAUGUAUAUUUUUGUGGAUACAUGUAUUACAUAUUUUCGUUAAUUGUGGAUAUAUUUAGCACAAAGACACAAAAAGUUUAUGAAUUGGUGCCUUCAUGUGUUCAACAUAAACGAAUCUUGUAUUUUCCCCGCGAUCCUGAUAUGCAUAAUCGUUUAAUGGGCCA